AUGACUGACAAACGGACUAUAAAGCAAUCGACGGCAAAUAAGUUGCAACAAAAAAAACGAUGCGUGACGCAGAGAAAUUGUGAAGACGUAUCAGACGAUCUUACCGACGCUUUGGCUGGUGUUAGCGGUCAAGUAGAAAUGAGACGUGGCCGCCGAUCCGGGAGGCGUAGGUCAAGGAGGAGCCGUCGCCGUCGGGGCAGGAGACGUAGCGUAAGCGGUACCGAAGGAGACGACUACGAUACGGCUUCAGACACCGAAGAAGACGACGAUGACUCGUCAACGAUGGACGCGUCUUCCCGGAGGAGAUCGAGAAGGCGGCGGAGAGGCAGUCGGCGACGUCGCCGACCAUAUCAACCCAGUGGUAGCGACGACGAUGAUAACUCCGACGCAGAGGCUACUGAUGCAGAGACUACAGAUGACGCUUCGUCGACUAGCGGUGGUGGUGGUAACAUCCUCACGACGGCAGCCGCCGUGUGUGGACGUCGCCGGAGGAGGAGGAGGAGGAGGAGUAAGUGUGUAGCUAGACGUCCAAGACGACGAUCCACGGGGUGCAAGAAGAGGAGAAGGAGGAGAAGGAGAAGUAGCGGUAGUUCCUGUGUCACUGGUCUAGCCUGUGACUUGACAGAGGUGAGUGGAACAGCAGGUCACAGGUGCACCACGACAAAUAGCACUGAACCGGACACAGCAGAUCGCACUUAG